GAUUCUUUUUUUUCCCCAACACGGAGAGUAUUUCCAUAUAACCCUGUUUAAAAGGAUAUGUUUGAUGAAAUUUAUAAGUCCAAAUUAAGCAUCACAUCGCUUGAGUUGACCAAGUAUAUAUACAUAUACAUCUGGCAGAUGAGAGGGCUUGGCAUCGCAUCACAUGCAUGUGCACCCUCAUGUGCGCACACGCUCUUGCUUGGCUUUGGUGCAAGGCCAAGGCGGGGCAGUGGACUGUGUUAGAAGCAUCCACACGCGAUUAUUAGUUAGUUUAUGGAUGGAUGUAGAUCGGACGAGCUAGGCCAGCUGAUCUGAUGAGCGGUGAAGGCAAGUCUGCUCUGCUUGUGAUGCGAUACGUUCUGGAAUCUGGGGUGUCUUUUGUUUGACGUGCCGAGCUGAGAGCUCUAGCCGCGUGCAUUGGAAUUGGAAGCCGAGAGAGCGGGUGCGCGCGUCGCCGUCGCGUGCAGUGGAAUAAUGGAACGGAAGAAACAAUAAGGAACAGCACCUUCAGUUCAGUUCAGUUCCUCCGUCGCAUGCAUGGUGUGUGUCGUCGUCUCUGCCGUUCGUUUGGUCUGCCGUCGGUAUCACACACACCACACACACACACAUGCACAGAGACAGGAAUGGACGACUCUGUGCGGCGAGCGCGAGGUACGUAGAUGACAUGACGGUAGAUACAGUCUACAAAGCCUGCUAGCUCAUACUCAUACGCAUCCAUAGGGGCGGACUACGGAGGAAGAAGUAGUAGAGGAAGAGGAGCAGGAGACACAUUAAAUUGAGCAAGGGAGAGAGGGGCGACCCUGAGCCUGAGCUGCACACCUCAUCAUGACAGCGCAGCGCAGCGCAGACUGUGGCAGCAGAGCAGAGUGUGCGCCCAGCGUCCUCGUGGUGAGGGAGCGCCAGCAUUGCAAGCGGCUGGUUCUCUGCUGAAAUAGAAUUCAAGGCAUGGCCAGCUCGCCCUCGGCGGACAGCAGGAAGAAGAAGCGGCGGCGGCGGCGGCGGAGGAGGCUGGCGGCAUGCUGCUCAUCGAGACCUGCUGCCGGCGCCGCUCAAGGUCAGUGUCAGUGCGGCUCCUCUAGCCCCGGUGGCGGCGGCGGAAGCGGCAGCCUCGUGGCAAGAACACCGCGCGCGUUCUCUAGCUGCUCAAGCGCCGCCGCCUCGUCUGCCUGCGCGCCGGCGGCGGCCGUCCAUCUCGGCACCCAGCACAAGCUGACGGCGCUCCUCGUCGCGCUCGCGCUCCUCCUCGUCCUCCCUCGCCCUCCUCUCGUGGCAGGGGUCCCGGUGUCGCCCCGCAGGAUGGCGAGGAUCCGCAGCCACGUGGAGAGGAUCAACAAGACCCCCGUGCGCUCCAUCCGGAGCCAGGACGGCGACACCAUCGACUGCGUGGCGGCGCACGAGCAGCACGGCCUGGACCACCCGCUCCUCAGGGCGCACGCCGUCCAGACGGAGCCGCCCGAGGCGCCGAGGGGCGGCGGCGCGCUCUCCUUCCCGUCUGGCUCUGCGACGAACGGGAGCGGGAGCGGCAGCGGCAGCGGCGCAGGCAAGGACAGCAGGCGGGGCGCGUGGCAGACGUGGCACCACGGCGGGCACUGUCCCCGGGGCACGGUGGCCAUCCGGCGGACGAGCGCCGAGGACGUGCUGCGCGCCGGAUCCGUCUCCCGCUUCGGCCGCAAGAGGAGGCACCGGAAGGCCGCCGCCGCCGCCGCCGCCGCCGCCGCCGCCGCGCGCGCGGCCUACGCGCCGGACGUCAUCACCGGCAACGGGCACGAGCACGCGAUCGCGUACACGGCGCCGUCGCAGCAGCCGGUGUACGGCGCCAAGGCCACCAUCAACGUGUGGGAUCCGGCCAUCCAGGAGUCCAACGGCUUCAGCCUCUCCCAGCUCUGGGUCCUCUCCGGCUCCUUCAACGGCUCCGACCUCAACAGCAUCGAGGCAGGAUGGCAGGUCAGCCCUGAGCUGUACGGGGACAGCAGGCCGAGGCUCUUCACGUACUGGACAAGCGACGCGUACGAGGCUACUGGUUGCUACAACGCGCUGUGCCCGGGGUUCGUGCAGACGAGCUCCCGCAUCGCCAUCGGCGCGUCCAUCUCGCCGGUGUCGUCGGCCGGCGGCGCGCAGUACGACAUGACGCUGCUGGUGUGGAAGGACCCGAAGCUGGGCAACUGGUGGCUCAGCUACGGGGACCAGCUGGUGGGGUACUGGCCGGCGCAGCUGUUCACGCACCUGUCGGACCACGCCACCAUGGUGGAGUGGGGCGGCGAGGUGGUGGACACCAGGCCCGGCGGGGCGCACACCGCCACGCAGAUGGGCUCGGGCCGCUUCGCCGCCGAGGGCUUCGGCCGCGCCAGCUACUUCCGCAACCUGGAGACGGUGGACGCCGACAACAGCCUGGCCGAGGUGGCGCUCGACGCCAUCCAGACGCUGGCCGAGGACCCCGCCUGCUACGACAUACGCAAGGCCUACGACGACGACGACGACGACGACGACGACGGCCAGCACUCCGCCCGCGGAGGCUGGGGAACCCACUUCUACUACGGUGGCCCGGGACACAACCCGGCAUGCCCCUGAUGGCCGGAUCUCUGUCCUCUGAUGGAGUUGUGACGAUGAGCGCGCGCGCGGCACCUGACCGGCCGUACGUACCAUGGAUGGCAUGCAUUUGAUUUAACUUCCGCCUAUAUAUGUGUACGUGGCCAAAUUUUGACGUACGUUCGCACGUGCCUUUGCUAGUAUUUCAAGCUUUCGCUAAUUCUACCUGUAAGGACUUGCAAUAUGUAAUUAACUGUUGAUUUAUCUGUUAUUUCAAUCGAUCCCAAGGAUCGUCCCAGAUUUAAUUUUCCUCGAAA